AUGGCGAGACGGGCUGCGGCGCCAGCAGCGCCCGUCCAACCAUCCACCUCGACUGGCUCCACAAAGAAGGUCGGUGGAUCAGGCAAUGGGUCAACGGACAGGAGUGGAGUACAGGGCUCCUCCAAGGGGAACGUCGAAGCUCCUCCCCCGUGCCCCGCUGCCAAGUCGAAAGAUCCUGGUGACCCGGCCCUGAGAGGAAAGACUCAUGAGUCUACCAAGAGGACCAGGACUCCAGGAUCUACACCCGAUGACGUCACGCGCGCGGGCUCUUCAGUAGGUUCCUCCGGUGGAAACUCCCCCCCACCCAUGCGGACAAGCUCCACCACGGAGUCCUCCGUAACACCAACUCCACAGGCGGGCUCCCCUAUGGGGUCCCCUGCUACCUUACCCACCACAACGGUGGGCUCGACUCCAGGGUCCACCCCUUCCUCCACCCUAGCGGGCUCCUCUGAGGGGUCCGCAACUCCUGUUCCGACGGGCUCCACUUCGGGCAAUUCGAAACAAUCCAAACCCGGCUUUGCGCCUACACUUAGUACAGGCACAUCAGUGGGGCGCUCGCGUUCACUAAAUGUGUCAGAUCUUGCCCGAACCCUUGAAAAGGUGAAGGUUAAAACUAACGUCCGUGGGUCGGACAAAAGGAAGAGGAGAAUGGCGAGACGGGCUGCGGCGCCAGCAGCGCCCGUCCAACCAUCCACCUCGACUGGCUCCACAAAGAGGGUCGGUGGAUCAGGCAAUGGGUCAACGGACAGGAGUGGAGUACAGGGCUCCUCCAAGGGGAACGUCGAAGCUCCUCCCCCGUGCCCCGCUGCCAAGUCGGAAGAUCCUGGUGACCUGGCCCUGAGAGGAAAGACUCAUGAGUCUACCAAGAGGACCAGGACUCCAGGAUCUACACUCAAUGACGUCACGCGCGCACUGGUCAGCUGGGACGCCCCUUUGUCUUCUGCGACAGACCUCCCAGCUGAGGGUCCCAAAGACCAGCCGAUAGAGACAGUCUCCGUCGACGAAGAGACACCCGCAGACGACGACAGACAACCCCCUGCGGAGCCGUCUCAUGCAGAUGAGGAAACCCUCACCGAACUCGACGACGAGACUUUGACAGAGGACAACGUCAACAGUCCUCUGGCAGAGUCCGGUCAGGAAGGGGGCGCCCAGGACGCGAGUCCUGAUGUCGACAUAGCAAGUGUGGUCAAAGAAGUCAUCGGUUCUCAGGAUUUUCUUCAAGUGAUUGCAUCAAUGAUCAAAGACGCAGUGAGUAGUAAAAUUGAUGAAUGCCUAAAAUUCCAUGAAGAAAUAAUAACCAAGUUAGUAUCUGGAAAUAAUAACCUCAAAUUACAAGUCCAUUCGCUAUCAGUGCAGAUGGAUAAGACAGAGCAGUACUCAAGGCGAAAUAAUAUUCUUAUAUUAGGGGUUCCCGAAGAAGAUAAGGAGAAAACCGUGGAUACGGUUAGUACAAUUAUCAAAAGUAAAAUGGAUAUCAACUUGUCUACGGAUAAUAUUGACCGCUGUCACAGAAUAGGUUCUUUCAAAAACAAAGAUAAGAAGAGACCUAUUCUGGUUACCUUUGAUACCUAUAAAACGAAGAAAAUGGUUUUCGAUAAAAAGAAGAAUUUGAGGUCGACUGGAAUCACUUUUAAAGAAGACCUGACACACAUUAGAGUGCGUAUGUACAAAAUGGCAAUGGAAAAGUUGAACUUUAAGAAUGUUUGGUCAAUUGACGGAGCAGUUUUCACAAAAGUGGGAAGCCAGAUCAAGAAAUUCGAAGACCCUUCCAUUCUAGAAGAAUACUUGCAAAGCUUGAAGGGCCCAUGA